UACACUUGACAUGCAUGAGGACAAGAGCAGUGUCGCUUUUACGAAUAUAUAAAACGAGAGACAUCCUCGACGUGGAAAUAAGUGUGCAUCUACCAUCGACAUCCUUUUCUCACACUCGGUCGAGCUCAGGAUUCAAAAUGGGUUUCAGCUUCCACGGACACAAGCGUGAUGUCGACGCGGAGAAACAUCUCAGGCGUAUGCACAAAACCACACCAAUCAUCGAAUCCCCAUUAGUCGGCGCCGACCAAGACACUCUCUGUUUCUCCCAACGCCAUGAAGCCAACACGAUCGAGCUCUUCUUCGAUCUUUUCUUCGUGGCCAACUUGGCAACAUUUACCGCAUACCACUCCAUCACAGACGUCAGCUACCUCCUUGCAUACGUCGGUUUCUUCGGUAUCCUGUGGUCGACUUGGUUCCAGAUCACACUUCACGAUGUUCGCUUUGCGCGAGACAGCUUGUACGAGCGCGUCUGCAAGACUAUCCAAUUCAUCUCCUUCGUUGGACUUGCUCUUGUGGGUUCCAAGUUUAAUCCUGGUAGUGCCAAGGGCGACAACACUAACUUUCAAAUCCUCUGCUUUGUGCUUGUCUUGACCAGAGCGCUACUUGCGGUUCAGUAUGCGGUUGUUCUUUUCUACACGACGAAAGCUCGUUACACAAAACUCAUCAUUCCCCUUGGCAUAAUGGUGGGCAUCUACACCAUCUGUGCCUGUUCCUUCGGUGCCAUGACCUUCGCAUUUACCGGCACAAAGAAGGAAAAACUUGUAUACCUUGUUUGGUACAUCACGAUGGCCGUCGAAGUCGUCGUUGUGAUUGCCGUCUCUUGCUUCUGGCGCAUGCUAAGCUUCAAGAAGACGCAUUUGAUGGAACGAAUGAGUCUCCUCACCAUUAUCGUCAUUGGCGAGGGAGCCAUUGGUGUCACCAAGACAGUCGGCAAGCUGAUGGGCAAGCACGGCCUCGACGUUGAGGGCAGUUUCCUCAUCAUGUGCAUCGUCGUCAUCCUGGUGCUCAUCUAUGCUUUGUACUUUGACAACUUCCCUCACGGCCAUUACGGAACUAUCCGCCAACAGGUCUGGUCAUGCCUCCACUUCCCACUCCACCUUGCUAUCGUUGGUGUCGUUGAAGGAUCGCAACAAGUCGCAUUGGCCCGCUAUGUCAGCAAAAACCACAUCAAAAUUCUCACGACCGUAGGCGGUGCUUGCGUCACGCAGAACCUUGAUGGGACCAAACUGCGAGAUACCCUUCUUAAAUUGGUUGAUUACUAUGAGCUCGAUACAAAGGUCGACACUUAUGCUUACUACGAAACCGUCAUCGACACUGUAUAUUCUGCCGGAAACACCACAGGAAUCUGUGCUGCCGACGCGGUCAAGACCCAGUACCCCGUGGAAAUGUCCGACAUUGAGGACUUGCUCACCAACGGUCUCUUUACUGGUCUUGGAAUGAAGCUUCCCGUUGACAAGCUCAAGAACCUCACACCGAUCCAAAUCGCGCACGAUUCUUGGGGCACUGUAUACAUGUACUACUGGGCAUGCUUCAUCGUCAUGAUGUUGUGCUUCAUUUCCUUCCUUGUACUGAUCCGUCGUCAUAAGGCCGAUCUAUUCGACUUCGUCUCUAUCCCCUUCCGCGCCCUUGUCGUUGGUGCCGGUGUCGCGAUGUUGUGCCUUAAGGCCGCCCCGGAACGCAUGUACAACGUCAUGUCGUCUCCUACCAUCCUUCCUAUCUGUGUCGUCCUUCUCUUCCUCACGACGGUAUGCGACAAGAUCACAUCCGUGUGGUGCAACCACCAGCUCAAGAAGAGCGGACAGCCCUUCGCUCUUGAGUUCCACGAGGAACACCACGGCGGCCACGAGGAACAUCACGAGGGUGGAGAGCAUGGCCACGCCCAAAUGGUUAACCACUCCCACAACGCUUCCGACGUCGACCUUCAGAAGACCGCUCACUGGAGCGCUCACUCGGAUGCGGAGGCUGGCCAUGGUAUUCACGCCGCACACGGCAACAUGACGCCUCCGCUGCCGACUGGCGAGAAGGCGCAUGGAGGGUACAUGCCCGUCAGCACCGGGCCAUAGGUGGUCGAUUGGUCACUGGCGUGGUAUUUGUCUCCUCCUUCGUUCUACUCUGCCUAGCGCGACUGUUUGAUUUUGCUGAAACGUUUUAUAUCCGUCUAUGGGGGUCUUACAACCUAAUUGCGUCUCUGUUGUUACUAUGUUGUAUUUGGCAAUCACAUUUUCCAAGACUUAUAACCUUGCAUACCAUAGCUAAUACGCAUGUCUAUCUC